GAUUGCUUGAUCGUGCUUCCAAUUAUUCUGGGAUUCAUUUGGUCUUCACUCUUCAGGAAAGGCUGAUGUAUGGUAAACAAAUAUAUUCAUUGAGAAAUUUGUGAUAUUCUCGAUUGUACUGAAUCCUGAGAGAGAGCCAUGGCAUGGUUUAGAGCUGCUGCUUUAAGCAUAGCAAAGCAUGCAAUUAGGAGAAAUCUCUUUAGAGGUGGAUCAUCAUAUUAUGUGACAAGGACCACAAACCUUCCAUCAACUAGUAGAAAGCUUCACACAACAAUUUUCAAAUCAGAAGCUCAUGCUGCCCCGGUGCCUCGCCCUGUACCCCUUUCUAGGUUAACUGACAAUUUCUUAGAUGGGACUAGUAGUGCCUAUUUAGAGGAGCUUCAAAGAGCUUGGGAAGCUGAUCCGAGCAGUGUCGACGAGUCUUGGGACAAUUUCUUCAGGAACUUUGUGGGUCAGGCUUCCACCUCCCCAGGAAUUUCUGGUCAGACAAUUCAGGAGAGUAUGAGAUUGCUGUUACUAGUGAGAGCAUAUCAGGUUAAUGGCCACAUGAAAGCUAAGCUUGAUCCUUUGGGUCUGAAAGAACGAAAUAUCCCUGAUGAGUUAGAUCCUGGCCUUUAUGGUUUCACUGAGGCUGAUCUUGACAGGGAAUUCUUUUUAGGGGUGUGGAAUAUGUCUGGAUUUUUGUCCGAGAAUCGUCCAGUGCAGACUCUUAGGUCCAUUUUGACACGGCUUGAGCAAGCUUACUGUGGAAGCAUUGGGUACGAGUAUAUGCAUAUACCGGAUCGGGACAAAUGUAAUUGGCUUAGGGACAAGAUUGAAACACCUUCACCUACACAAUUUAGCCGGGAGCGCCGCGAGGUUAUUUUUGAUAGGCUUGCUUGGAGUACACUCUUUGAGAACUUCUUGGCCACCAAGUGGACAUCAGCAAAGAGGUUUGGGCUUGAAGGUGGAGAGACUCUUAUUCCUGGAAUGAAAGAAAUGUUUGAUCGAGCAUCUGAUCUUGGGGUUGAGAACAUAGUUAUGGGAAUGGCACAUAGGGGAAGAUUGAAUGUUUUAGGCAAUGUAGUUCGAAAGCCACUUCGUCAGAUUUUUUGUGAGUUUAGUGGUGGUCUACCUCAGGAUGAAGUUGGGCUCUAUACAGGAACUGGUGAUGUUAAAUAUCACUUGGGAACAUCUUAUGAUCGCCCAACGAGGGGCGGGAGGAGGAUACAUCUAUCUUUGAUGGCAAAUCCUAGUCACUUGGAAGCAGUCAACCCACUUGUUGUUGGAAAAACUCGAGCGAAGCAGUACUACUCGAAUGAUGCGGAAAGGAUGAAAAACAUGGGUGUUUUGAUUCAUGGAGAUGGUAGUUUUGCUGGACAAGGUGUGGUCUAUGAAACCCUUCAUCUUAGUGCUCUUCCAAAUUAUACUACUGGUGGGACUAUACACAUUGUGUUCAACAAUCAAGUUGCAUUUACUACUGAUCCUGAGUCAGGAAGAUCAUCACAAUAUUCCACUGAUGUUGCUAAAGCCUUAAAUGCUCCUAUCUUUCAUGUCAAUGGUGAUGAUGUGGAAUCAGUUGUUCAUGUCUGUGAACUUGCUGCCGAAUGGCGCCAGACUUUCCAUUCAGAUGUGGUUGUUGACUUAGUGUGUUACCGUCGAUUUGGGCACAAUGAGAUUGAUGAACCAUCUUUCACACAGCCUAAAAUGUAUAAGGUCAUUCGAAACCAUCCAUCAGCUCUUGAGAUCUAUCAGAAGAAACUUUUGGAAUUAGGGGAGUUGACUCAAGAAGACAUUGAUAAGAUACACAAGAAGGUCACAUCAAUUCUGAAUGAUGAAUUUUUGGCCAGCAAAGAUUACAUUCCAAAAAGAAGAGACUGGCUUUCAGCAUAUUGGUCAGGUUUCAAGUCACCUGAACAGCUUUCACGUAUCCGGAACACUGGUGUGAAACCAGAUAUCUUGAAAAAUGUUGGGAAAGCAAUCACGGCCUUACCUGAAAGUUUGAAUCCUCAUAGAGCAGUGAAGAAGGUUUAUGAACAGCGUGCCCAAAUGGUUGAAACUGGGGAAGAUAUUGACUGGGGAUUUGCGGAGGCACUUGCUUUUGCCACAUUGAUAGUAGAAGGUAACCAUGUUCGAUUAAGUGGUCAGGAUGUUGAAAGAGGAACGUUUAGUCACCGCCACGCUGUAGUUCAUGAUCAGGCAACCGGGGAGAAAUAUUGCCCCCUUGACCAUGUCAUAAUGAAUCAAAAUGAAGAGAUGUUUACUGUUAGCAAUAGCUCGCUUUCUGAGUUUGGUGUUCUUGGAUUUGAAUUGGGUUACUCAAUGGAAAAUCCUAAUUCGUUGGUGAUAUGGGAGGCACAGUUUGGUGACUUUGCUAAUGGGGCUCAAGUUAUAUUUGACAAUUUCUUGAGUUCUGGUGAGUCUAAGUGGCUCCGUCAAACUGGGCUUGUAGUGUUACUUCCUCAUGGUUAUGAUGGUCAGGGUCCUGAGCAUUCAAGUGGAAGAUUGGAACGCUAUCUACAGAUGGCUGAUGAUCAUCCUUAUAUUAUUCCUGAGAUGGAUCCAACUCUUCGGAAACAAAUUCAGGAGUGUAAUUUGCAGAUUGUGAAUGUUACAACUCCUGCAAAUUUCUUCCACGUUUUACGGCGGCAGAUACAUAGAGAAUUCCGUAAACCUCUCAUUGUAAUGUCCCCGAAGAACUUGCUUCGCAGUAAGGUUUGCAGAUCAAAUUUAUCUGAGUUUGAUGAUGUCCAAGGACACCCUGGUUUUGACAAACAAGGAACCAGAUUUAAGCGCCUCAUAAAAGACCAAAAUGACCACUCAAAUGUUGAGGAGGGUAUAAGGCGCUUAAUACUCUGCUCCGGAAAGGUUUACUAUGAACUUGAUGAGCAAAGAACAAAGGAUGAUGCAAAGGAUGUUGCAAUAUGUAGGGUGGAACAGCUCUGUCCUUUCCCUUAUGACCUUGUCCAACGAGAGCUUAAAAGAUAUCCAAAUGCUGAGGUUGUUUGGUGUCAAGAAGAGCCAAUGAACAUGGGUGGAUACAGUUACAUUUUACCACGGCUUAUAACUUCAAUGAAGGCUCUCGGUCGGGGAGGUUAUGAGGAUGUCAAAUAUGUUGGUCGUGCUCCAUCGGCGGCCACAGCAACUGGUUUCCUCAAGGUUCACCAGAGGGAGCAGGCUGAGCUAGUUCACAAAGCCAUGCAACAUAAACCAAUCAACUUCCCUUACUGAGGAUUUGCACACGCACACACAGACACACACACACACACUCACUCAUAUAUAAUUUCCUUUUGAGAAUGAAUGAAUGAUGUAGUCCUGAUUUACCCACCUAUGGAGAGCAAUAGUUGGAGGGUUUGUUGAUAUUAUUCAUUA